AUGCAGCACGACAUCUACAGCCUCGGGGUGUGCCUGCUUGAACUCGGCCUGCGCGAGUCCUUUGUCGUCUACACUGAUCCGAACGGCGGCGGUGGCAGCGGCGGCAGUGGCGUUGGCAUGCUCCCUUCACCCUCAGCGGCGCUCGGUCUGUCCAAUGACAGCCUGCAGUCCCUGGACCCGGAGCUCAUCAAGGACCGUCUGGUUUCCAUGGCCCGCGAGGUGCUCCCCACGCGGAUGGGCACCCGAUACGCCGAGAUUGUCGAGACGUGCUUGACGUGCCUCGACGACGACAACGUUGACUUUGGAGACGAGGACGAAUUCACAGACGCCGACGGGAUUCUGGUGGACGCAAGAUACGUGGAAAAGGUGGUUCCCUCUUCCCCCGGCCUGCCCCAACUCCUGCGGAUCGAUCAUCGUACAUGCGCUGACAUCCUUUUUAGGUUGUACUGGGGCUGA